AUGUGUUUGGGCUUGAAGUUUGGCAUUGAGGACAAAUAUCGACUCCGUGCAUUGGAUGAUAUGGACGACGCACUCUUCCUGCGCCGCAGGAAACCAUAUUUGCCUGAAACUCGAAUUCAGGAAUUGCAACAUGAGAUCCUGGGCUUGAGUCGAAAGCGAUGGGGAUUGAUUAACGCCCAGAAGAAAGAAAUGGGGUAUAAGGAGGAAGAUUUUAGUGAGCUGGAAAAGAAGCUCAGGGAGUGCUAUGGGAUUUCUGAAGGAUACCCCCGGGCCGUCUUGCUCCUUGAUAUUAUCUACAUCUGGAAUAUCCAAGGAUCCUAG